CUUGAAGGCUGAGCAAAUCACAACCCUUGAACAUGCUUCACUUACACCAACACCAGACACAGAACAGCAUUUUCGUAAUUAUCUCCAAAAAGCAAGCCCACUUUCAAAACCCCGUCCCUAUAUAAACCCAAACACCCUCACAGCCUUGAAAUCCCCGCUUCUCUAAUUUCUUUCUCUCUUACCACAACAACAGAAACAACCUAACAGUCCCAACUCCCAAACUCAAAUUCACUUGAAAUUCAAAUUCAAAUGUCGUCGAAAUGCAGCAAGAUUCGCCACAUUGUGAGGCUUCGUCAGAUGCUGCGUCGCUGGCGCAUCAAGGCGCGCAUGUCCUCAGCUGCUAUUAACCGCUCAAGCUCUUCUCCGCCGUCCGAUGUUCCCGCUGGACACGUGGCGGUCUGCGUCGGCAUCAACUGCACCAGAUUCGUUGUGCGAGCUACUCACCUUAACCACCCUGUGUUCCAGAAGCUUCUAGUUCAGGCGGAAGAAGAGUACGGCUUCGCCAACCACGGUCCUUUGGCUAUUCCCUGCGACGAAGCACUCUUUGAAGAUGUUAUCCGGUUCAUUUCCCGCUCUGAGUCUGGAUCCGGUUCGAACCGAUUCUUGAACCUUGAUGACUCUCAGAGACACUGCCACGUCGGAAUGAGGAACAACCUUGAUUUCUGGAAGCAGGAAUCUCGACCGCUGCUCCACGCCUUCACUGACAAGAACAUUUGGUAGUAAGAUCUUUAAACCGAACGGACCGGACCGGACCGAACCGGUUCGGUACACGGGUUCUGAACCGGAUAUUCAUUGGUUCUUUCUUCGGCUGCUACCUAUUUUUUCGGUCACGGGAAUUUGGAGCUAGUAGUAGUAAUUUGGUAAAGUACUACUAUUAUUAUAGACCGUACCACACGAAGUUCAGGGAUUCGAACAUUGACAUUGUAAGUAAAAUUUAUUGAAGAUGCUCCGGGGAAUGCUGUGGAGAUGGCAAACAAGGGUGGGAGAGAAUUAGUUACUAUCGGCGACCACCGAGUCGUCCCCGGGUUCGAAUCGGAGGGGAGUUACUGAGUUGACAAGCGAGUGAAAGUGAAAAAGUGUGUGGGUCUGGUAAUAAUUUUUGUAAACUAUAUUGUGUAUGUACGUAUCCUAUUAUUAUUGAAGAUGAUUGAUUGAAAAUGAAA